AUGCACUUCCAAGUUCUCCCCGUUCUCGCCGCUGUGCUUGCACUGUCUAACCCCGUCUUUGGUGCGGUUAAGUGCUAUAAAAGCGGUAGCAGUGUGUGGAGUAGCAACCGCGGAGACGACUAUAACAGAAGUCAAGCCGCUCGCGCAAUCGACAAGUGGUGCAAUGAUAUUGCCCCUUCCACGUUCAAAGGUGGACAACAGGUCAAGCGGUGUCUUGAGGUUGAUGUUUCGUACGCACCGAAUGUCAUGUUACGGAUGAAGAAUGGAAAGUCUGGGAAGGCGGUCCUUCAAGUUGACACGUGCAAGAAGUUGCUCAAGAAUAUCGUCGACAGCUGUGAUAAGGGUGGUGAAGAUAAUGAUACAAAUGGCUGGCGGCCAAGAGCGGAUCCCGGUACUGGCUGUGACUAG